AUGAAAGAUGCAAAAACUUUUGAUGACUUAGAAGCUAAAUUAGGAAAAGUUGAUUUUAUGCGAAAUUUCUCAGGUACCGUGACAAUUUAUUUCGACCCAAAUCUUAAUGUCAGAAAAAGCAUUACAAAUUUAUUAAAAAAGCUGCUAUCGAAGGAACUUGCACUUCAGUUUGUGACAUCAAAACCGACUGAGGGAAAAAGGGUUUUCAAGGACACUAAUUUAUGCAAGACUCUUUUUUCUGCAAUUGCUUCCAGCCACAAGGAAGGGAAAGAAAAUAAAGAUGCCGUCACAUUAAAAUCUUUUUUGAAAGAAUUAAGUGCUGUUUUCCCAAAUGCAAAAGAUUGGGAUGGGGGACGCAGUAAUCGAAAAAGAAAGAACAUUUUAAGAGAAACAGAAGGUACAAAUAUUUCCAGUUAA